CAACUGUGCAUGAUCCUUAUCGUGGCUUGUUUGCCUUGUUUUCUUCUUGCCUUCUUGCUCCGUUGCUAUGUUGCGUAGUCUUGCCUUUUGAGGUCGGACCUGACGUCACCGUGUAACCCUACGUUAUUGUCGAUCGGCUCACAAUUUCCCUACAUAUUGCAUAGGCAGUAAGCACGGCUGCGGCGUGGCUGCAAACGGGAAGCGGGUCGAACGCUUGCCCGAGAAAUUAUUGCCUUGUUUGCCAUUCUAGCCUACUAGAAUUCCGUGUGACUGUUUUCAAGUGUAGCCUACGCAGAACCAUCUACUUCUACAAUUCACUUAUAUCUGCGCAACACCUGGAGCCCGACCUUACCACUGUCAGACUCAAGCCACCUACAAUCAUCAAAGAUGAAGCUCGUAGUCACAGGAGCUACCGGAUUUGUUGGGCAGGAAGUCAUUCGACUGGCUCUACAGAACAAGUCUAUCACUUCAGUCGUGGCACUUGCUCGCAAAGAGGUUCCAGUACCCAAGCACACCGCAUCCGAGGCAGACACGUCGAAGUUAAAGUCUGUCAUUCUAGAGGACUGGGGGCAACCGUACCCGGAACAAGUCUUGGAGGAACUGAAAGGUGUGAAUGCUUGUGUCUGGACUCUUGCAGUUACCCCCACCAAGUCCAAGGAUGCGGACUUCGAAGAGGUGACCAAGAUCUGCCACGAUUACACCGUCAAUGGCCUUCAAAGCAUGACUUCUGUGUCCGAAAAGCCUUUCCGCUUUGUCUACACAUCAGGCGUGACUGUAGAGCGUGACCAAACCAAGACUCUGCCAUUUCUACAAGACUAUCGCCUUAUGCGCGGCCGCGUUGAGAAUGCGGUUAUUGAUUUCGGUGGAAAACAUGCACCUGCGGUAGAGAUUGCUAUAACCAAGCCGGGUGGAAUUGAGGGGCCUGGUCAUCCCAAGAGCGAAGCUUUGACGAGUAUCUGGGCGCAAUUCGGAUCCACACCAUGGGUGCAUGUCUCGGAGCUGGCGGCUGCUAUGAUUGAACAGGGCUUGAGCGGUGUCAGCCAGGAAACACUGUGGGGAAACGAUCUUCAGAAGAUCGGAUCGAGCAUACUAAAAGCAGAAGACUAUGCUCCUAUGGAAUAAUGAUUGGUGGACUCUCGUAUGUACCUCGUAGGCAUUGCUCAGAUGCACAACAAUAUAUGUGUUACUUGGAUUUAGCUAUAGCCACCAUUGUAUCUAUCCGCCACAC